UCGGGGCCAUUGAAAAAUAAAAGUUGGAAGAAAAUCUCUCAAGAGUAAAGUAAAAAGAAACGACAACAACAACGAAGAACUGGUGUCAGAUCGAACUUUUGGCCAAAAGCAAAUACAAUUAGCGAGUCGUGUGUUUUUAUUCAAUACCAAAGAAGGGGAACCAACUCAAGCAAUUUUCGGGAAGUAAUUUCAUCAAGAUUUUCGCGCCAACACUUCCCUUGAUUCCCGUUUAACACUACACUUGGACUUUGUGGACUUGUAUAAGAGCAGUUCGGUCCCCUUAGAUAUUCUUGCGUCGGAAUCCAAGGUUAACACAAAAUCGCAAUGAAGACAUCACAAAUUAUCCUAAGCUGCUGUUGUGUUUUGGCCGCAGUUCUCACCGUCUGUUACUCAAAGCCCCAGUGGCGACCUCAAGGAAGAUUUGGCAAAAGAACUGACCUCUCGAGCACAACAGACACAGACAAGCGUUCACCAUGGCGGCCACAGGGUAGAUUUGGGAAAAGAACUUUAGCAGAUGAGUUAAGCGUGCCUUUCUUCCAUACCCGGGAAAUCCCGGUAGAAAUCUUAUUCACAACUAAAGACUUGGAGAACCCAGCAUUCAGACCAGUAUUGUGUACAGUCACAGCCGUCAGUGGUUACCCUGUUUGUGAAACGGCAUUAGUAGAGACUCGAGACACAGAUGCCAUCUUGGAUUUUUAAGGUACAGCAGCCAGAGAAAUUUUCACGUUUGGAGCCAAACAAUAUAAUUGGUUCCUUCUAGCCUCGGGCUAGCCAAUCGUUGUUUUCUUGCUCUGUCGUUUGGCUGCUGGGAGAUUUUAAAUGAAUUCCAUUUUUUGUUUCAAUAUUUUUAAAAUUGGAAUUAUAAUUGAGAAUAUUUGGAGACAUUAGUAACUCAUUGGUUUGAAUUGUAUCUUGUUGUAGAAAAGGGGUCAACAAAAUGUAUAAUAGCUUAACUAAGCAGACAAAAAAAAAAAGAAUAGGAAAUUGGAAUUCAAUAUAACAGAACAAAAUCACAGUUUUUCCUUGGCUUGGUCAUUGAAAGUUUAAAAUUUAGUAUUUCAAAUUGAAAUGAAAAACGAAAUAAAAUCAAUAGAAGUUA